GCCUGCUCAGGUUACCACCUUGUAUUUAGGGAGCUAAAUCCCAACCAAACAACCCUUCAAUAUUACCGCACUUCAAAUUCUCCCAAUUCCCAUUUAGCCUCAAAUUGCGAAAACUCUCAGAAUAACGACAAUGAAAGCGUGGCAAUUCAAAAGUGCAGCCGGAGGGCUCGAGAAGAACCUCUAUCUUUCCGCCGGAGGAGUGCAGAAACCUAAACCUAAAGAUAACGAAGUCCUCGUCGAAGUAUACAGUAUGGCGCUGAACCCUGCCGACUACAAAGUGCCGGAACUGGGUCUUAUCGCAAAGACUAUGGUGCCAUCUCCAUCGAUACCUGGAAUGGACUUUUGCGGUCGAAUCGUUGAGGUUGGUAGCAAAGUAGAGAAUUUGCAUGUUGACGAGAUGGUCUUCGGCGCUAUGCAACCCGGAAACCUUGGACGCGGUUCUUUGGGUCAAUUCAUCGCAGUGUCCAAGGACAUGUGCGCCGUGAUGCCGGUAGGAAUGCUUGCCAAUGAUUUCGCUGCGAUAGGGUGCGCAGGUGCGACUGCCUACCAGAGCAUCCAGCCAAAGGUCAAGGAGGGGGACAAGAUCUUCAUCAAUGGUGGAUCAGGGGGGACAGGUACCUGGGGUAUCCAAAUUGCAAAAGCUCUUGGCUGUCACGUGACGACAUCCUGUUCGACCGCCAACGUGGAGCUCUGUAGAAGCUUAGGUGCUGACGAAGUCCUUGAUUACAAAACUGUCGAUAUCGUGGAAGAGCUUGAAGGCAAGGGCCAGGUUUUCAGUCUCGUCAUCGACAACGUUGGAUCGCCAUCGAACCUCUACAAGGUCUCGCACAAGUUCCUCUUGCCAAAUGGCAGGUUUGUUCAAGUCGGCGUAGGCAUGUCUUUCGGCUCUUUUCCUCAGCUCGUGAGCAAUAUGAUACGCCCUGGGUUUCUUGGAGGCGGAAAGCGAAAAUAUGAGAUGUUGAUGGUGAAGCCGAAGGCGGAAGAGUUUGAACGGAUGGCGACCUGGAUGAAGGAGGGCAAAAUCAAGGCGGUUAUCGACACAGUUUUUGAAUUCGAUGAUGCGCCGAAAGCAUUCGAAAAAUUGAAGACCGGAAGGGCGAAAGGCAAGAUCAUUGUGCAUACCCAAGUCGACCGUUGAAUUUGGCAUCUCUUGGCACCAGUCUCAGGUUUGUGCGACAGACACAAUUUCCAUUUUACAGUCUAUCAAUUGCCUUUUCUUUUUUCACUCUGAUUGGUUUCACAAGUUCAGCCUCGUUCCAUAGUACUUUCAUACCUGAUUGCCGCCAAGAAUGGACAAUACAGCUGCCAAAGCAGGGCAGCGCCUGCCUAACCAGGAUUGAGGCCCCUUCGGUUAAUUUUUCUAUUAUGGAGACGCUCAUGUCGGCCGUUCCAAGUGGAAUAUUCUCUCCUUGAAUUAGUAUUAUCUUCUAUUAAACAACUUGUUUUCAUCUACUUUUCAACCUAGCGUACACCGU